AUGGCCAAGACCGCAUUCAUCACCGGCGGGAAUGGAAUCACCGGGUCCGCGAUAUUGGAGUAUCUGGUACAGAAUACAACAGAUCGGGAAUGGAAGAAGUUCGUCGUGACGUCCAGGUCGCCUUUCAAGACCACCGUAUCGGAUCCGCGCAUCGAGUUCAUCGCCCUUGACUUCACCAAGGACGCCACGGAGCUCUCUUCCGCCAUGCGAGGCGUGUGUGCGGAUGUGACGCACGCAUACUUCUCCUCCUAUGUCCACAAGGACGACUUCGCGGAGCUGAACAAGGCGAAUGAAGCGCUCUUCCAAAACUUCAUCGACGCCCUUCUCCCCGUCGCUCCCAAGCUGGAGAACUGCACGCUGCAGACGGGCGGCAAGUAUUACAACGUCCAUCUGCAUCCAGUCCCCUCGCCGGCUCGUGAGGAGGAUCCGAGACUGGGCCGCCAUGAGGACAACUUCUACUUUCCGCAAGAGAACAUCCUCGCGGAGCGCCAGCGCGGACAAGCAUGGGGCUGGAACGUGAUACGGCCUGAAGCGAUCAUCGGAUAUACGUCGAAACCCAAUGGCAUGAACUCCGCCCUGACGUACGCAUUGUACUUUCUCAUCUGUAAGGAGCUGGGGCAUGAUGCACCCAUGCCGACGAACCAGCGGUACUGGAGUGGAACGGACGAUUGUAGCGAUGCUGAAUUGAUCGCCGAGUUUACUAUCUGGGCAUCGACGAAUCCCAAAUGCGCCAACCAAGCGUUCAACAUCGUCAACGGGGAUCAUUUGACCUGGCGGUAUCUCUGGCCACGAUUGGCUGAAAGGCUCGGUGCCAAAGCCUCGGUGAACCACGAAUUCAAGAAGCCGGUUCCUGACGAAGGCGUGCCUCAACAAGAGUUCUCGCUCGCCGAAUGGUCCAAAGAUAAGCGCCCCGUGUGGGACAAGAUGUGCGAGGCCGCAGGUGUGCCAGAAGCGAAGGCAACCUUUGACGCGGGUACUUGGGCGUACCAGGACUGGGUCUUUCAGCGAUCAUGGAGCGCAACGCUGAGCAUGAGUAAAGCACGCAAGUUCGGGUGGCAAGGGUACAAGGAUUCGUAUGACUCCAUCACCGACGCUUUUGCAAAGUUCAAAGAACUCAAACAGAUUCCGUAA